AUGCCAGAGAAUAUGGAGGAGGAGGACCUAUCUGACGAUAUGGAGGAGGAUCGACCACAGAGUACAGAAAUGUUUAGUGCUAAAGACAUUCCAAAGAUUGUCGAUUUGUUUAGGGAGGCUGAUGCCGAUGAUGGUGGAGGAUUGGAUAUAGACGAAUUUUGUGUAGUGAUAAAGAAGUUAGAUGGUAAUUUGACCACAGAAGAUGUCACUAUCCUCCACAUGCAGAUUGACAUAAACUGUGACGGAACUGUGGACAUUGGGGAGUUAAUGAACUUCCUCUUACACCAAAAUAAGGCAUCACAAAGAAUGGAUUUUAAAAAUCAAUCCUUUCCCAAACCUUUCCAAAUCGUACCUGUGGACUCUCAUAAAACAGUUGUGAGUACAAUAUUCCGACCCUUCAACGAUAACGUCGAACCUGGUUAUGGGGUUUCAACAGAACAAACUAGGCCUUACAAGAAAGGUCAAUACCUCACCAUCAGCUCAGAUGGUGUCCUCAACUUCUGGACUGACAGGUUUGAAACCCCAUACACAUUUCAUUUGAGCACAAAUCAAAAGACACUUCCUUACUCAAAAAUUAGGAAAAUGUCUGUUAAUGACAUGGUAUACAUCAGAGAACUCAAACAGCUGGCUGUUGCCACUUCUGACAGGGAACUGUUGUUCUAUGAUUGCACUGAGUUCCCUACAACUUUUGGAAUCUGCCAUGCUUUAAUUGUUGACAACAGAGUUAAUACCAUGAACUACUGGUCCAAUGGAAAAAAAGCAGUGUUUUCCUUUGGAGAUAUUAAAGGUUGUUUGUCAGCAUUUAUCUCACACAACAUAAAGAGUUGUGGUCUUUUCCCCAAGGAGGUUUACGAACACCCCUCUAUACAGGAUUAUCCAACUGCUUAUGUUCGAAAACUGCUUAAACACCAUUCCAAGGACUUUUUGUCAUUUGAAGUCCCCAUCUUCGGUGAUGUGUGCAGUCAGAUCCGAUACUUUCCAUUACUUGACUCAUUUGCCAUCUGCGGUAGUUCAUCCAAAACAAUGGUCCUCGCUACCCUACCCAAGCUGCCCAAUACCAAAGUCUCUAAAACCAUCUUUGAAAGCCACGGACAUGCAGAGUUUUUCACCUGUGUUGAAUACUCCCCUUCGGCUGGGUAUCUGAUGACUGGUGGUACAGAUGGCUUAUUGCGGGUGUGGUUUCUCCACAAGACCAUGUCGUGUGAACAGGAAUUAUUCGGACAUGUCAGACCCAUUACCCAUGUUAUGUACAAUGGUGUGGAAAAAACAUUUAUCAGUUUAUCAGACGACAAGAUCGCAUGUGUGUGGUCUGAGAAUGGCUGGGUGUGCCGACAAAGCUUCCAGGCUGAAGGCAUGGGACGGGCCCCUAUCUCAAGUGUGUGUCUUAACAUAUUCAACAAUGAGUUAGUCGUGGCUAACUCAGAUAUAGGAAAAUGUCUUGGAAGAGGAACAGAUGUUUUUAGAAAUACAUUAACAACACAUGAGAAACCCUUGUGCUCCACUCUCUAUCACAGCAUUUUCAAACAGGUUGUCUCUAUUUGCCAAAACGGUGUGGUGACAGUUUGGGAUAUCACAACAGGAAAAGCUGUGAUGCAGUUCAGUGUCACUCCACAGUCCACGCACGUGGGGCUUAUUGCCAUCUCAUUUGAUGAACCACAGCGCAGAAUAUUCACAGUUUCCCAGGAUGGGAAAGUGAGACUGUGGAACUUUAACAAUGGAACAGAGCUUGGUGUUCUUCCUGUUACUGUGCCAAAGGAGGUAACAGGUAUCGUCUGCAUAAACGAUAGGAUAUUUGUGUCUGGAAGAGACUCCAAGAAAAUUUUUGACCUGGAUAUCGAGGGAUAUGAAAACAGAUUUUUGGAGCAUGAUUAUUUAAAUGACGUUACCUCAAUGGAUGUGCAUGAAGACGCACUGGUUACUGCCUCCAGCAAUGAAAAUAUUGUUUUCUGGAAGACAGAAACUGCAGAAGUUCUCUACUGGAUUAAUGCCAGGAUAAGCUCUCGAACACAAAUGCCAGACAAAAAAACCGCACAAGGACGAUCAUGGAGUCUACCGGUUGACAAAAAGCAAAAUAAUGUCAAAGACACUGAGAAAAAAGCCCAAUGUAAAAAAUCCACAGCUAAGACUUCAUUACCACCAAUGUCAACCGAUGUCAAUGAACAUAUACUACUAGCUGGGGAUAGUACCGGAAGGAUUUAUCAUUGGGACAUACAGGGAUUUGGCUUUAAAAGACGGGAAGACAAAGGGCGGUGUGUGUCCCUGUGUCCACCUCCUCUGUUGGGGACCUGGCAAUCUCACCUCACAGCAGUGGUGAGUGUUAAGUGUGACCCUGACUGUAAAAACAUAAUUACUGCAGGGUUAGACUGCAAUGUCUGGAAAUGGACAAACACAGGCCGCUGCAUAGGCCUCUUUGGGAGGGAUGAAUGGCAUUCUACCCAACUCAGCCCUGAGGAGGAUGCUGACCAGAAACCGGCAGCAAGACCUGGUACGGCAGAAACAAGAAAAAAAUCAAGAACGUCUCAAAUGCCACUUGAGACUCCAAGUUUAUCACCGCCCACAUCUCCACUACCAGACCUACCACCUAUACGAAAUUAUCCUCCAAAAUUUGAGAGGCUCUAUCAAGACAUUACAGACACAUUAACGAUAAUUGACAUACCAAGUGAUGAGGAAUUGUUUAGAAGGUAUCGGAAGUUGAUGAAGGUUAAACCAGAACCUGAUAAAAUGAACGACGAGGAGCAGCAUCAGUCCAAGAAGGACAAACAGCAAUUCACUAGAAAAGGAAAGCAAACGUCAGCACAUACAUCAAAGGUAUCUCCAUUAAAGACCACCCCAACCACAAGCUGCACUACUGCAUCAGACAGCUCUCCACACAUGCAGCAAUUUGAUGGUGCGGUCAAGCUGCCUAAGUUAAAAUAUGGACGUGUGUUCAAGAUUCAGCAGAGACACACAUUAAAAGACAUUUCUGAACACACUUCAAAGCGUGUACAUUUACCACCCAUCUCUGAUACAGUGCAGCUUACACAUAGUCAGGCUCCUCAGGCACCUCAGGCUUCGCUCACCACAGGCCGCAAUAGUGCUAAGAACUCACCGCACAUGCAGCUACCGGUUAAUACAGUCAAAUCAAGGCCUGAACACAGUUCAAAGCGUCUGCAUUUCCCACCCAUCUCUGACACAGUGCAGCUCACAUGUGGUCAGAGUCAACUUAAGACCAAUCCACCUCAGGCUUCGCUCACGACAGACCGCACUAACGCUACAAAGAGAAGAGCUCACCACAAUUCAGCAGGAGGACUCUUUAAAAAGUGAGGUCCAAAUAUGGAAGGGUUUUUGUUCGGGUUUACUCCGGGUGCUCCGGUUUCUUCCCAUAAUCCUAUUUAAUAUUAUUGAAUUAAUAUGAAUAAAAAAGAAUAAAAACAACACACCCUCCUCAGAACAUAGUCAGCCACCACAGCUGAGUAGGUUCAGCUCACAUAUCAUCAAGCCCAGUUCAGGUCACAUGAACUUCAGGGCCCGCUCACCACAGGCUGCACUAACCAAGAGCUCACCAACGGCUGGUUCGCACUGCCGACCUGAGCAGCGCGUGUGUGUGGCGGAAUGUUUUGCUUUGAAGCGCUGCU